UGUUGUUUGCUUCCGGGGGGACGUUCCUAUGUGUUACAACAGUCCUCAUGUGUAGCUGGAACUAGUUCAGUUUCCAGUAGGAAGUUACACAUAGUUCCCAUGUGUUGGAGUCUCCAGGGGUAGCUGUUGUCAGAAAAUUCCUCAACAUGUUUAACAAUGAAGAGGAUGUUGCCGCAUACGAGGAUGAGCUGUAUCGUGAAUACUCUUCUAGUGAUGAGAGUGCUGACAGUGAGGUGGAAUUCAACCUCUAUAGCCAGUUGCACUAUUGCCAGAAUCUUAAUGAAUUGAGCACAGAAUAUUUAGAGAAAACUGUUGCUCAAUCAGAGAAAACACAAAAUUUGAAAGCCGGAUUGAAAAAAGAGAAUACCAGUGUAAUAUUAAUUUCUGACAGCGAUGAGAUCAGGGCCUCGGAGUCCUCUGCAGUUAUCAUCCUGUCUGACAGUUUGGAUGAAGACAGUGUGAAUAUUUCCAAAACCAGAGGGAAAAUUUUUGGAACAAUUAAUCAACCCACAAAUCAGUCUACCCCUAAAAUUAUUACAACUGGAACAAAGGUGUCGAAAGAGAAAAAGUCAAAAUCUCUGAAUUCCAGUAAAAGUUAUGAAGGUGGAUUUGUCAAGGAAGUUCUAGUGAUAAGAGGAAGCUCAGAUGAGGAAGAAGCCAAUGAUGAAGACUUUUUAACAUCAGACAGUGAGCAAAGUGGUGUUGAAAAUUGGAUGCUAUUAGGCAGCGCAAAAGAAGAUGGAGAUGCGAGUAUUCAGUUGAACCUAGAAGGCUGCAGACGUCUAAGUGAAGGCGACAAUGAAAUGGAUUGGUCAAUUAGUAAGAAGGACUUGGAGGCUCAAGUUGGUUACCUUUCUAGAAGACGAGCCAAUCGUUACUACACAGAUGACAAAAAUGUUGUAUGCAGGAACUGUAACUUUCGUGGCCAUCUUUCUAAGAACUGUCCUGCUCCUAAGAAACUACCAGCUUGUUGCCUCUGUGCACAGAGAGGACAUCUCCAAUAUUCCUGUUCAUCUCCUUACUGUUCAUACUGCUUCCAGCCUGGUCAUAUUUACCAAAACUGUACAGAGCGACCACACUGGCAGAAGAAGUGCCAUCGUUGUGAAAUGGUUGGCCACUAUGCUGAUGCUUGCCCAGAAAUAUGGAGGCAGUACCACCUAACUGUGAAAUCGGGCCCAAUUAAGAUAUCCAAGUCUGCCUCCAGCCAAAGGAGUAUUGUUUACUGCUAUAACUGUGGCAGGAGAGGUCAUUGCGGCUAUGAAUGCAGAGAAAGGCGUAUGUACAGCUCAGUUCACCCAAGCUGCGAGCUUAUAUUUACCUAUGAUGAGGACUAUGACAUCCGAAAAAGAAACCAGCGAGCAAAACGCAAAUGUGAAGAGCUUGAGGAAUCUGGACUCCUGCCAUUACAGAUUAUUGAACCCAAGAAAGAUGAGAGAGAGAGCACACGGCAUUUGAAUAAAAAUAAAAAAAAGCAGAGAAAGGAAUCCAAACGUGAAAAGAACAAAGUGAACUGGCAUUUGCAAGCUAUGAAUAAAAGUAGAAAGAAAAAAAACAAACUUGUCAAGCUGGAAGCAGACGACUUUCCUAGAGGGAAGCCUGAGGAGAACCCCAGUAAGGCUGCAAGAAAACACAACAAGAAUAAAUGUGAACAUUUGUUGUUCAAAUAUGGGAAGGACAAAAAAGAUUUUGAUGGGCAGUCAAUGAAACGCAAGAAAGGAUCCAAAAGCAAAAAAGGAAAAAGCGACAAUGCUGAUUUACUUACAAUUAAACAAAGGAAAAAUAAAUCCAGAAAAUAUGACUAGAUGCAGAGUACUGCAAAUAAUUACUAAUUUAUAAUACAGAAUUUGUAUGCCAAAAAAAGCAAAUUUUAAAGAAAUUAUACCUUUCAGUCCCACUUGUAAUUAUAGUCUUUAUUUAGAUGAACAGUUCUUUUUAACACACAGAAACAAGUAAUUGCCAUGUCAAAAACCAUUCAGUUGUGAUACCUGUAUUUUUGCAAGACCUCAAAAUAAAAUAAAAAAACACCUUAUUGGAGUUUGAUUGUGAAA